UUCGCGUUGACGUCCCAUUGAAAUUGACGUCAAAAAAAAAAAAAACUAUUUAUACGCUUCCCAAAGAACACAAUGCUCUAGUGUUAUAUUUUAGUGCUCAUAGAAAACCUUAUUCCUUUCAGCGUGCAUCCGUCUCCUAUCGUGGAUCUUGUAAAGGCUGGUUUUGGUUAUAUUUUUUAGGAUCAAAAUCAAUACCGUAAAUGAUAAAAUAAAACCAGCCUUUACGAAUCACGUAAAGACAUAUGAAAAUGUAAAUAAUCAGCGCUUUAUUAUACAAAUUAAAACAUUGGAUACAGUAAUAGUGCAAAGGACUGUCGCUGCUUGAAAUGACCCAGCCGAGCUGAAACAAGCGCUAUGGUCGCUUCUAGCGAGAUCACGCCAACAUGGCCGACGAAGAAAAACUGCCGAUUCCCCCCACUUUUCUCGAGAAAGUGCUCUUCUACACGACAGCGACCUUCGUCCUCCUCGCCACCUUCAGCCUGUUCGCUUUCCUUUUCUUAGUCCCAUUCGUCAUAGAACCAGCUUUCACAACGAUAUUCAUGCAAUUCGAUCCAGUAGCAGCGCUAUGUGUCACCGCCCAAGUGAAACACUUAAUCGGCGCCAGUAACUGUUCCUGGGCUUCCUGUCGAGAGGGCUGUACAAAAGAUUUAUACGAAUGCACUCAGAUCAGAGUCAACUACAAGUUGGGUUACCCCCCUAACAUCACCGCCACGGAAUACGAGACACUCAUUAGAGCUGAACGGUCCUUGAGGAAGGACUACGAUUACGAAAAUUACGAAUCUCCAUUAGAAUCACCAGAUAUGGAUAUGGAGAACCAAGAAAUACCGGACGCCAUACCGACAGGUUUGCAAGGGAACGACUCCGAGUGGUAUUUCACUGGCGCCAGAUUGUUUCCAAACGUCAAAGGGUGUGGUUACCCGCCCAUACUUAAUUGCACCAUUUUCUACGGGAAGUACAAGCCACUCGGCACCAAUUACUCAUGCUAUUACAGCCGAGUAGACCCCGGCUUAGUCAUUACGGAGCUCGAUAUGUGGCAGAACACCCUUAAUUUGGUUUACGCGACGGCGAUACCGAUUCCAUCGUUCAUAAUUUCAGUGAUAUAUUUGACGUUUGCGUAUUUUAAGAUCUACAAUACGGAAGAGGAGUCCGAACAGGCACCGCUGCAGAGCGACGCCGAGGCGAUGGCGACUGGCGACGACGGGAAACCAACAACGCCAGGCUCUGAUACUUUUAGAGAAGAUCUCGCGUGCUUUGGGCAUCAAUUGAAGAUGCAACUCGCCAACGAGAAGUCUAAGGAAGGCUUCGAAUCAAAUAGCCCCCCUAUUUCCAAUUCUGCUUCGCUAUCUGGGACCAAGUCGUCUUUCGUGAACGCCUAAUGAAAAACUCACACUGAGAUGACAGGGCUCCUGAGGACUUGGCUACAGAGUGCAUCACGAAUUGAUAUGAACGACACAAAUGAACAUUUUUUUUAAUCUCGCUCGAAUCGUGGUAUCUGUAGCAUCGCUUAACAUGGUCGUGAUCAUGGGACACUUGGCCACGAAUUGGUCGAAGAAGAUUUUUACCAAGCGUUGUGAAGUUCAAUGACAUAUAUGUUUUUCGUGACAACAUAUAUUUAGAUGUUUAAUAUAUGAUACAUUGCUUUAAUGUUUCAAAGCUAAUUAAGGGCUUACUAUGUUUUCAUAUUGUAUUAUAUUCUUUAUCGCUUAGUACUUCUUUUAUAAUUGUUAUUUCUACUGAUUGAUGAAUGUAUAUAAAAAUAUCCUAUUUAAUUGAUAAUUUGUAAGUAUAUUAUUGUCUUAUAAUACCUUAAAAAAUUCUAAAAGAAAUUCGUCCAAUCUUAUUAUUGAGAUAUUGGAAUGCAAACGGUGAAUACAUAAAUAUUCGUGUUUUUGAAUUAAAUAAUGUAAAAUAUAUAAUCCCAUUGAUAAAGCAUUGCUCAAAAAGAUAUAUUUAAAAAUUUUUAAUACCACUGUUGUCACGAAAAUCUAAUUAUAUUAUAAUAAGAUAUUAAAAAAAAUAAAGAUUUUUAUCUCCUAUAAUAAAAACGUAAGAUUCUAAUACGCUCGCAGGCUGAUGUGUCAAAAUGCACGCGUCUUGAUAUAUAUUAUAUAUUUAUAUUUAUAUAAAAUAUCGCCGUAACGCCAGCCAGCUAUGUAAAUUAUAUAAUACAAUAUUAUUUAUAACAGAAAAAAAAAAAUCUAAAAUACUUAGAAUGAAAUUAUACAUGCAUAGAUAUUGACCGUCUAGACAAUGAAAAAAUAUUUACAUUAUUUUGAAAUAGUUUUCAUGAGUAGAACAAAAUUAUUUUCGCUAAUAAGAAAAACUGUUAAUUUAUAAAACAGCUUUAUUUUCAAACAUAAGCGUUAUCCAGAACGAAAGUCUAAAUAAAUAUUAACACACGUUACAAAUAGCAAAGAUAUAAUUUUACGGCAAAUAAAAAUACAUGACGACAAAAUAUUAUUUAGAAAAAAAUAACAAAUAAAUUCCAUUAUUAUUUAAAUAAUUUAUUAAUUUCAAAUUUUUAAUUUCAAUUAAAUAUUCAUAGUCAAAAUAGAAUAAGAAUACGUUCUUUUUUCGAAUUGCUUUUUUAAAUAUACAUGUGUAUUUUUAUUAAAUAAAAUUAGGAAAAAGCGUAUUUUUAAUUGAGGAUCGUGACAAUUACGUUCAACCAAUUAUCGUCCCUGCCGUACUGUAGACAGUAUCGAUUCUUCCGUCCCAAGCCUAAACUUUUUAAAAAUUCAUCGAUACACCAAGUCCAUAGUCAUUCGAGUCACCUCUUGCUGAAGACCAAAAUAGGAAAUUUUAUCGGUUUUCAAAUCGAGCUCGGUAACUAUUAAUAUCGUUAUGUUUUAUUCAAGUAUAAAUGAAAAUGUUUGAGAUCAAUAACCGCCUGACGUUCGAUGUCGCUUUAUGUAGCACAAGCAUUUUCGAAACGGCUUAACGUAUAUUAUUAGUAAUUCGUAAGGAGUCCGUGUAACAUUAAAAUAUAUAAUAAAAAUGAUGACUCGGUUUAUCUGUUCGUGUUUUAUACGGUGGUAUAGUUUGAAAUACCCGAAUGCUUAAGAACGCUUUUAUGGUUGUAAUCGAACGCUUCGGAGUAAAUAUUUCUGUAAAAAAAUAUGUAUAAUAAAAAGGCUUGUGAAUAUUGCAUAUUUUAUAGGUUAUAAAAGCGUUGCGAAAAUAUUAGUAUGAUUUUUAUUUCACGUUUAAGCUUUGCUACUAUGCUUUUAAGUAAUUUGUUCAUUUUAAAUGUUUUUUUUAAUAAUAUUCCUAUUUUAAUAAAUAAUAAAAUAGCUUAAUUUUAAGAAAAACUUUUAUUUAUUGAAUGUAAUUUUAGUAUACGUAACAAAAAAUUAAAUAUUGUUGAAGUAAUUUUAUUCAUUUUUUAAAUAUAAUACAGCUAUGAUUGUUUAAUUGAAAAAAAUCACAAAUGUUCUAAUAUACAUAAGAGUAAUAAAUGUAAGGAUAAAUAAAAAUCGCUUAGACUGUGGAAAAAUAAAAAAAAUGUUAGUUAGAUAAUGCCCACGCACAUUAAUGUAGCUAAAUUUAAAAUAAGGACAUUUUUGUCAUUUAGCUAACAAUCAUUAAAAUGUUAUAAGUACCAUUAUAGAAAAAAAAAAUUACAUUGAAGUUAAAUUGUUUUAUAUAAAUUCUCGAUGUUUAAUAUUUUACUACAUAAAAAGAA